GGCGCGUUCCCCGCUCGCUCCCCCGCCGCUGUCCGAGUUGCCCGGCGCGCUCCCGGUGUUCCCUGGCGCAGCCUCCGGGGAGCGGGAGGGAGCCCCGGCCGGGCCCGCGGUGGGAGGGGGCCCCGGGUGCUCCCCUGAGCCGGUGCGGGUGGCGGGGAAUGUGGCGUGAUCCGGGAUCCCGUGACUCCGGGGCAGGCGGCGCUCCUUUGGGAAGCGGCUCCAGCUGGCGUGUGGCCGGUCGCUGACCCCGGAGCGCUUCCUCACGGCUGAGAGACAUGGCUGGUCUGUCAGGGUGAAACUCGCUUCGUACCUGUGUCCUCAACACGCUUCAGACUGGGAGCAGAAGGAGUAUUGAAGCUCCUUUUAUCUCCUUUUUCUCGCUGCUGCGUGCUUGGAGCGGGCUGCCCAGGGAGCAGUGGAGUCUCCGUCCCUGGAGGUGUUUGAGGAAGGGCUGGUCGUGGCACUCGGUGCCGUGGGCUGUUCACGGGCAGUGUUCGGCCGUAGGUCUAGGAAAACGGGAGGAUCUUUUCCUGUAACGAUGGCAGCAAAAUCAUCACUCCUUAAAGUAAUACUGCUAGGAGAUGGUGGAGUUGGGAAGAGUUCCCUCAUGAACAGAUAUGUCACCAACAAGUUUGAUGCACAGCUGUUUCAUACAAUAGGUGUGGAAUUCUUAAAUAAAGAGUUGGAAGUCGAUGGACAUUUUGUUACAAUGCAGAUAUGGGACACAGCAGGUCAGGAACGGUUUAGGAGCUUGCGGACUCCUUUCUAUAGAGGUUCUGACUGUUGCCUGCUAACCUUCAGUGUGGAUGACUCUCAAAGCUUCCAAAACUUAAGCAACUGGAAGAAAGAAUUCAUCUAUUAUGCAGAUGUCAAGGAGCCUGAAAAUUUUCCAUUUGUGAUACUGGGUAACAAAGUUGAUAUUGAUGAAAGGCAAGUAUCUACAGAAGAAGCCCAAGACUGGUGCAGGAAUAAUGGCAACCAUCCCUAUUUUGAAACCAGUGCAAAAGAUGCUACCAACGUUGCAGCAGCCUUUGAAGAAGCUGUUAGAAGAGUUCUAGCCUCUGAAGAUAGAUCAGAUCACUUUAUUCAAACAGAUACUGUAAACCUUCAUCGGAAACCGAAGCCCAGCUCAUCUUGUUGUUGACUUAAGUUUCUUUUUGCCAAAUUACUGUCAACUAGCUUGCUCUAUAAAAGAAUGGAGAAGGUGUAAUAGAUAGAAUAACAAAUGGGUUUCACUCUAAUAUUAAAACCGUAAUAUUCUGCUGCUUUCAUGGGGGAGAAAAAGAAAAAUCUCCAUUCAUGAGUGACCUGUUAUUGAAUUAGUGAUGCUUUCUGUUUAGGAAGACAUCAAGGAAAAAAAUAAUAUAAGAAUGUAAUUUGCCAACUUUAUUCAAAUGAUAAAUACUUUGAAUAUAAUUAAAACUUGAAAGUUCUAGAAGCACUACUUUGGAGAAGCUGUUCUGGAAUUCAGGCACAAAGAUACUUUUAUAUGUGUAUAUUUUUAUGAAAUCGGCAUUCCACUUUUGUUUCGGUAGAUGUCAGUUUCUUAACAAUGCUAGAUAUUAAACUUCAGUCUCACUACAUUCCUUUUGCUGUGAGUGGUACUUCAUCUCUAAUGUGGUUAUUAUAAGUUAAUAUAAAUUACAUCCAGGUCUUCUAAUUGCCUAAUGUUGCUGUAAUUUGUGUAGGUUUGUAAGUAAGAAGAAAAUUUCGUACAUAUUUAAUGUCCAUUUUUUCCCAUAUACUAUUCUGAUGCUGCACUAAUUUUUCCAGUGGUUUAAUGCAAAAUGCUGAUCAUUUUUAAAAUUAAUGUGUGUCCUUGCCUUAAGUCCAUUCUAGCAUGUUUCUGAUCAAUAGGGUGAAAAAUCUGAGUAACUGAACUAUAACCAUUUUUUGAAAAAGAAAUGCUUUAUUCAGUCAGCUUUAAUAGCACUUGAAAGGAUCUGCAUUGUGACAAUUUUUUAGGAGAACUUGUGUACAGCCUUAGAAGUUCCAAACUUCUUGUUCCUGUAAACCUGAGCUAUGAAUGUGUUUACCAGUAAUAUCUGCACUGUGAUAUUAAGGAUUGGCAAUAUGUAGAGAACUCAGGAAGCUCUUGACUUUCAGUAGAUUUGACAGCUUUCAGCCCUAAUACAGGUAUAUAACUAUAGAUAAUAUUUGAGCUGCAUUUGAUCAUUAUUAAAAUUGCUAUUUUAGGAUAUGGACUUGUACCUUUAAGAGAUAAUGUCUUUUAUAUUACUGAAUUCAUUUCAUAAUUAUGAACCAGAGCAAAUUCUGUAUUUGUUGGACAAUUUUUUUGCAGUCAGGCAGACAAAACUACAGGUGUUUUUGAGGCUUUCAGCUGCAUUUUAAAUUGUAGAAUACUUGUAUGAGAAAUGGUUAUUGGCUCUCAGAGUAACCACUGUCCUUGCAAUAGCAAAAUUGCAAUUGCUUCCAUCUGUAGCAAUUGCUUCCAUCUGUAAUUGACUGCUAACAGGCACACAUGUGCACGUGGUCUGAGAGAGGAAGUCUGAUGCUGCAGGACAGGCCAUGUUAUUCAUUAAAUAACUGCUUUCUGUACAGAAAUGUUUUUGUUUCAAUGGAAAAGCCUUUCUUGAGAGUAUAUUACCAGCAAGCACUUUAUCUUAAAACUAUCUGAUCAAUCUGUACCAGCUGUAAUUAUUUGGAAGUAAAGCUUGCAAAAACAAA